AGAAAGCUAAGCAGCUACCAAAAGAAACUGAAGCUGGAAGAGAUACCCGGAGCAGGAACUCCGAGAGCAACACGUGGAACUAUUAUUACUUUUUGCUCUAAUGUCAGCUUAUCAGCUUUGAGAGAUUUCGAAGUUUUCAAAGUGAGAAACUGAUAACCCAGAGGGAAAAGGUGAUGCCAUGGCAGCUGUCCUCCUAACCCCUCCACCGCACUCAGAAGACCUACUGACCAGCACGCUUAUGAAGAAGAUGAAUACACCGACUCUGGAGCAGGAUGUCAAUGUGACCGUCAUCGGAGCUGUCAUUGCCGUGGUUUUAGUCACUCUCCUUUCGGUCAUUGUGCUGAUUAUCAUAUACAUGUACAAGAACAAAGGCACCUACCGUACCUAUGAACAGCGAGAUACAGAUCCAGAAGGGUCGGUCCAGAUGGAGGAUCUGCCCGGUAAAGGUGAAAAAGAAGAGUACUUCAUCUAGAGAACAGGAUACCAGGUGGUUGGCACGUUUUGGACACUGAGCUUUACAGAGAAACAGCUACAUUUGUUUGAUUUUUUUUAGCAAGGUAUUAAAGCUGUAUUAUUUAUUUCAUUUUAUAUUAGCGCUGUACCCCAGGGAGCUCAAGGUUAAAUUGAUGGUAGAGGGGUAAGCCCCUUCCUGCACUGUGGAAACCCUUGAAUAGUAGGGUUAAAAUGCAAAGGCUGGCUGUUCAACCCCAAUUUUAUUUAUUUAGAGGUAGGGUUGAGGUAGGAGAAUACUCAUUGGAGCCUUGACUUUUCUUUUUUGCUUUCUGCUGAUGUAGGAACUCAGCCCACACACUGACAGCCCUUACCUUAGAAUGUCUUUGAUAUACAUAAAGGCAGUGAAACAUGGGGAGGAGCUUAAAUUAAACACCACCCAGCCAGUUUUACAUUCCUCAACCUGCAAUGUACUUGCAAAAGUUAAACUGACCAACAUGCUUAUUUAAGUUUAGAAGUUGCUCUCAGUAUCUUUCAGUCCUGCAGCAAUUCCCACCUGCUAGUAAAUAACACAGAUGAGGCUCAGGGGCACUUCGUUUGUCAGACACCCUAUGAUUCAGGAUCCUGCAGUCAUCUCUAAUUUCCAAGUACAAGCAGUUGCCUCUGUUUUAGCCUAUAUCCUUUUGUAGUAGUUUCCACACUUUUAUUUUCAUUAACACCUGUUUCAUAGAAGACACAGCAGCAAAUUCAGGUUUACUGCUAUAGCCAAUGCUGGCUCUUUGGGGAGCAUACCGGUAUAAUGCAUUUGCUUUCAAAUAUUCUUUAACUCACCCACUCUUUACAGUUUUAGGUGCAGAUCAUAUGAAUUGUACUGUCUGAAGAGGGGCAAAAAGGAACCACUAAUCAAAUCUUGCCUUUGUUUGCUCUUUGGUUCCAGACCCUCCUUUAGCAGGGGAUCCCAUUCUGCAACACAUUGAGGUUCCUGUGAUCUGUCUGGACUCUUGUUUCACUCCUUUAAAAAAAAAAAAUCUGACUUUUCAUAUCAGAUAGCCUCUUAAAACAGACAGCUGCCCUGAAGUGUUGAAAUGUUCAAAGCAGCUACUGUGUUGAGUUCUCCCCCUUACAUCUGUAACACGUGGUAACUUGUGUCCUGAUGUCAUCACACUUGCUCUGUAUCAUUGGUUGCCACCGGCAGGGAGGUGUACAAUGAAUUGACUCACUGCUUUCAGUGCCAUAGAGUUUAGAAUUUUUAUGAUUUGACAGAUUCCUAGUUGGUUUACUGAGUUUU